AUGGCGGACGCUGCCUAUGCCGUUCUUUCCAAAAAUAGCCGUAAUUUUACCGGUAACUUCACUAUCGAUGAAGAAGUCUUGCGAGAAGAAGGUGUAGUGGACUUCAAGAAAUAUGCCGUUGACCCUGAUGCACCGCUUAUGGCUGACUUCUUCAUUCCAAACAUUGAAAACUACCCAAACACUUUCGGGCAAACUCCUGAGCGCCGGAAAAGUAUCAACAUGCUGAAAAAAGCAGCAGUUGAGGAGGACAUUACUAAAACUCUAGAGACCAUGAAGAAAAUGGUUUCAAAGGAAAUUGUUGAUAAGAUGUCGGGCGUUUUUGAGUUUACAUUAACAGGAGAAAAGGGUAGGAAAAUCACGCUUGAUCUGAAAAAUGGCGAUGGAUCCGUCUCGGAGAGCGGAUGUGAUGAUGCUGAUGUCAAGUUCACCCUCGCCGAUACGGAUUUUGCGCCAAUGUUCUCCGGUAAACUAACUCCUACCAAUGCUUUCAUGGCCAAGAAACUGCAGAUCAAAGGCGAUAUGAUG